GCCGCCCGCCAGCCUGCCGGGGAGCCGCUGUCCCGGGCCUGGCGAGUGCGCGUCCGCCGGCUGAACCUGGGCACCGCCGCUCGCCUGGGCACGGGACUGGGCGGGGGCGCUGACCUCGGCCUAGGAGGCCUGGGAUCCCGGAGCCGCCCGCGCCCGCGGGGACCUGCGAGUUGCACGCCCUCUCCCAGCCUGUGCUGCUCGCGGCUACUCGGCGGGGCGAGGCCAGGUGCCCCCCUCUUCCCCUUCCUUCCCUCCCUCCCCCACUCCGGUGUCCGCGGGGGAUCCCGCCCGUCCGCCCCCCUCCCGCAGAGGUGUAGCCCGCUGCGGAGCUGACAGCGGCCCCGCAGCCACCCUGUCCAAACUCUCCGGAAGCGGCCGGAGCAGACCCGGCGCUCAGGCCGCCGCAGCUCCGGCGGACCCACUGUUGGACCGGAGGCACCCGCCCUCCUCCCGCGCCCAAACUUGGAGCACUUGACCUUUGGCUGUCGGAGGAGGCAGGCCGGCGGGUGGCUGGACAGCUGCGGCGCCUCGAGGGCAUCUUGCCUGGGGUUCCAGGACUGUCGGCUAUACUUCUGGGCUCCCGGCUUUGCCUCUGGGAUCCCGAGGUGUCCACAUCAGGCGCAUGUUGACUGAGACCUAGAGUCAUGGAUGUGUGCGCCCGUGUUGCCCUGUGGCUCCUCUGGGGGCUCCUCCUGCAUCACGGCCAGAGCCUCAGCCAUAGCCACAGCGAGAAGGGUACAGGAACCGGCUCAGGGGCUAGUUCUGAGGAGUCCACUGCAGCAGAGUUUUGCCGGAUUGACAAGCCCCUGUGCCACAGUGAGGAUGAGAAGCUCAGCUUUGAUGCAGUCCGCAGCAUCCACAAGCUGAUGGACGACGAUGCCAAUGGUGACGUGGAUGUGGAAGAAAGCGAUGAGUUCCUGAGGGAAGACCUCAAUUACCAUGAUCCGACAGUGAAACACAGCACCUUCCAUGGUGAGGAUAAGCUCAUCAGUGUGGAGGACCUGUGGAAGGCAUGGAAGUCUUCAGAAGUGUACAACUGGACCGUGGAUGAGGUGGUGCAGUGGCUGAUCACGUACGUGGAGCUGCCUCAGUAUGAGGAAACCUUCCGGAAGCUGCAGCUGAGUGGCCAUGCCAUGCCGAGGCUUGCUGUGACCAACACCACCAUGACAGGGACUGUACUAAAGAUGACAGACCGGAGCCAUCGGCAGAAGCUGCAGCUGAAGGCCCUGGAUACAGUGCUAUUUGGGCCUCCUCUCUUGACCCGUCAUAAUCACCUCAAGGACUUCAUGCUGGUGGUGUCGAUCGUUAUUGGCGUGGGUGGCUGCUGGUUUGCCUACAUCCAAAACCGUUACUCAAAGGAGCACAUGAAGAAGAUGAUGAAGGAUCUGGAGGGGUUACACAGAGCUGAGCAGAGUCUGCAUGACCUUCAGGAAAGGCUGCACAAGGCCCAAGAGGAGCACCGCACAGUGGAGGUGGAGAAGGUACAUCUGGAGAAGAAGCUGCGUGAUGAGAUCAACCUUGCCAAGCAGGAAGCCCAGCGGCUGAAGGAGCUGCGGGAGGGUACUGAGAAUGAGCGGAGCCGCCAAAAAUACGCAGAGGAGGAGUUGGAGCAGGUUCGGGAGGCCCUGAGGAAAGCAGAGAAGGAACUGGAAUCACACAGCUCAUGGUAUGCUCCAGAGGCCCUUCAGAAGUGGCUGCAGCUGACCCACGAGGUGGAGGUGCAGUACUAUAACAUCAAGAAGCAAAAUGCUGAGAAGCAGCUGCUGGUGGCCAAGGAAGGGGCUGAGAAGAUAAAAAAGAAGAGAAACACACUCUUUGGCACCUUCCACGUGGCCCACAGCUCUUCCCUGGAUGAUGUGGAUCACAAAAUCCUCACUGCGAAGCAAGCUCUGAGCGAGGUGACGGCAGCACUGAGGGAGCGCCUGCACCGCUGGCAGCAGAUUGAGAUCCUCUGUGGCUUCCAGAUUGUCAAUAAUCCUGGCAUCCACUCCCUGGUGGCUGCUCUCAACAUAGACCCCAGCUGGAUGGGCAGCACGCGCCCCAACCCUGCCCACUUCAUCAUGACCGACGACGUGGAUGACAUGGAUGAGGAGAUUGUGUCACCCUUGUCCAUGCAAUAUGCUGCCUGGCUGAUGGGGCGUAGGUUCAGUGACCGCUCUCUCUGCUCAGCAUCCGCCGGCUCGGAUGAUCAGUCCCUCUGGAAAUACCCGGCUCCCACCCUGCAGUGCAGUGUCCGGCAGCGCCUGACGGAACCACAGCACGGCCUGGGAUCUCAGAGGGAUUUGACCCUUUCCGAUUCGGAGUCCUCCCUCCACAUGAGUGACCGCCAGCGUAUGGCCCCCAAGCCUCCUCAGAUGGUCCGUGCUGCAGAUGAGGCCCUCAACGCCAUGACCUCCAAUGGCAGCCACCGGCUGAUUGAGGGGGUCCACCCCGGGUCUUUGGUGGAGAAACUGCCUGACAGCCCUGCCCUGGCCAAGAAGGCACUACUGGCGCUGAACCAUGGGCUGGACAAGGCCCACAGCCUGAUGGAGCUGAGCCCCUCAGCCCCACCUGGUGGCUCUCCACUUUUGGAUUCUUCCCGUUCUCACAGCUCCAGUUCCCCAGACCCAGACACACCAUCUCCGGUUGGGGACGGCAGAGCCCUGCAGGCUAGCCGAAAUACACGCAUUCCCCAUCUGGCUGGCAAGAAGGCUGUGGCUGAGGAGGAUAAUGGCUCCAUUGGUGAGGAGACAGACUCCAGCCCAGGCCGGAAGAAGUUUCCCCUCAAAAUCUUUAAGAAGCCUCUUAAGAAGUAGUCAGGAUGAGAGUGGCAGUGGCGGGACAGCUUGCCCUUCCCUGGUCUUCUGCCUCUCUUUCUUCCCCUUCCAAGAUCCCUGGCCCCUAGAGUGGGGCAUGGGAGGGGCUGGCCCAGGGGCCUCGGCACUGUACAUACCUGCCCCCCUCAUCCUUGGGUCCUUCAACAUUAUUUAUUAACUGACCACCAUGGCCUGCCUGCCCUGCCCUCCCACCCACGGGCUGCCGCUGCCACUCCCUCUCUACUUCAGUGCAUGUCUUAGUUGCUGUCCCCUCAGCUCCCAGCUCCACUUCUGGGGUCCAGCUUCUGUCUCUGCUGUCCCAGUUUUGAAGUUUGGUUUCUUGUUUCUCUGUGUUUCCUGCUUUCAGGCUCCUCCCUCCCACCACUCCGCAACUUCCCCUAGCAGCUUGGGGUGGGGGGGGGGGGAAGAUAGGAGGAGUAACUUCUGACGUCUGUGCCUCAGACCUGUUCCACCCCAUCUAUGAUGGUUCUGUUUGCCUCAGACUGGGGCGGGCCUAGGGUCUAUUGCUUGAGGUUUGUUCUUUGGGAGUGUGGUGGGCCAGAAGGAAACUUGGCCUGGAGCUCUCUUGAGCCUCUAGGGGUCUAUGGGGGAGUGGAACACAUUCCCAGAGAAUAAGCUACUAGAGAAUUUUGAAGAGAGGCCAGGCUAGGGGGUAGGUUGGGAGAGACUCCUCUUAGUUGGAGCAUGAGUAGAUGCCAGAGUUGUGGGCUAUAAGGUAGUCACCUUUUCUCUCUUCUCUCACCCACACCUGCGUCUUUCUUAUCCCUGCUCCCCCACACUGCAGGAGGGUUUGACUAUAAGAGGUGCUGCCCAAAUGCUCCCCCAAGCAUCAGUACUCCUGGAGCUCAGGACAAAUGGCUCCCCUGGCCAUGGGAGUCUCAGCCAUGAUACAGGGCUCAAAUGGGGCCCUGAAGUGGUUGGGCAGGAUAUUGUUGCAUUUGAACCAAAAAACAUUUUUAAAUUGAAAAAAUAAAUCUCCUGAAUUUCCCAAGUGCCUGCACCACAUACUCCCCUUGUCAGACCCCAUUUUCAUGUUACUGCAUAGCUUGGGCCAGAGGCUCAAAAAGGACACAGCUGGUUUAGGGAAGGGGGUGGCUAAGGAAGAUGUAGGUGAAGGCAGCUGUGUGACCUCUUCCCCCACACCCUUCCCACCCUCUAGACAAGUCUCUCCCUUACCUGUUUUUGCUAUGGCUGUAAAGGUAUUUUCCUGUUGCCCCACUCCCUCCCAUGCCUUUACUCUGGGAUCCUAUUUGGGGCCUGGGGUGCAGGCACCUGGGGCUGGUCUUAGGAGGGUGCUAGGCUGCAGACUGCCUUGUACCCCCUGGGCACCCUCACAUGGGUUUUUCUGUGUUAUUUCAUAAGACUCUUUGAAGUCCAAUAAAGCAUGUAGGAGAUUUUAA